UGACGCUGGAGCGACAACUUUGAGCUGGAAAAACGGUUUCUUUUUUUACAUUAUAAUUAGUUCAUGCAAUAACAACUCUGGCAACGCGGAAUAUGACUUUUAUCAUGGUGUGAAACCAGUGGAAUCUACAGCAUUAUAACAUUCAUUGGCGGUCUCAUGCUGUGCGUUCGAUGUAGCAGGGACUGAGGGGUGACGGCAUGGCAGAGGGUGAUGAAUGCUCGGGCGGGGAAUGGAAGGAGAAGUAUAUGGCCCUCGAGACCCUGCUCGUCAAAUUCCGGGGACAGAUGAGUGUGAUCCGGGAGCUCACGGCAGAAAAGAUGCAGCAGUUGGAGGCGCAGGUGUUGGAAGCGGAGCAUCGAGCAUAUGAAGCUAACCAGCAGGUGCAAUGGAUGGAAGAACGUCUAAAGGCAUCAGAUAUCCCAUCAGCAGAUUCAGAGCUGAGGCUGUUCAAACGAUGUCAAAAUCUUCAAGCGGUACUGCAGGAAAAAGGUGAACUCAUCACUGCCCUAGAGCAACAGCUGGAGGAGCAGAAACAGAACCGGAUCCAAGAUGCCAAGACCGUAGAGGAAAAAGCAGCCAAGAUCAAAGAAUGGGUUAUGCGAAAGCUAAAUGAGUUUGAUUUGGAGAAUGCUUCUCUGAGAGAGAUCAACCAGCAACAGGAGUCUGAGAUACAAGACCUGAAAAAACAACUGCAAGCCAUGGAGCAGACUGUGGGUUCAGGUGGCUCAAUCCAGUCCAGUGUGGGUGAGGCCCAGCGGCUCAGCAGCCUGACCUUUGGCUGUUUCCAAAUCACAGGGAAAAGCCCUCAGAUACUGACAGGCCUAGAGCCAUCCCAGAAGAGCAUCAGCACUCUGCUGGAUCAGGACUUUAGGAGACCUUCUACUGAAAGAAAGUCAUACUUGUUUAGAUUACAUGAAGAUUGUGGAAUGAAACAAGACCCAGAAAUCGAGCAUGUUGGCCGUUGCUCUAAGGUGGUGUUAGAGGAUGAGGGUGAGAGUGACACUACAGGUGGCACACUGUCUCGCGGCGUCUCCUCUGUGCUCUCCAGUGCUGCCUCUGAAGGGGACAGUGUUCUUUUUGGAGGUCAGCAUUUUACCCGACCCACUAGUGAGACGUACCUCACCGCCUCUGAUGACAGUAGCUCACUGUUCGAUGACGACAUGCAUUAUGCGGAGUACUCCAAACUUUUCCUGCCCGGUCCCAAGAGCUCUACGAAGAAAGACGGUGAGAAAGAAGACACUGAAGAUGGCUGCUCCAAUGAUCUGAAUAAACGCUUCCAGUCCCAAUGUCUUGAUUCCUCGUCCUCUUCCAGUGAGACAAACACCCCCCUCAGUCCCAUCAUAACACCAGCUCUCACACCAAAGCGGCCCACCCCUUCUCAGGACUCUCAGGACACCCCAGCCUCGCCCAAACAGCCACGUCUACGCAAUCCCAGCACGUUUAACGUUAGUUUGGCAUUGGUCAAGAAGCAUCUAAGCCAGCCUCCACUGUACAGCGAAGCCGCACAUGGGAGAACACGGAACGCCAUCAGCAUGCUGCGUCCUCUUUGGCCUCAGGAAACAGACUUGGACCAGGAGCAGAAGAUGGAGACAGUUGAACGAGAGCAUCCUGAUGUGCCUUUAGAACCACCAGCUGAAGUGCCACCUGAAGAACCUGAUACACUCGAAAUCUCUGCAGCCGUGCAUGGGAGUACACCCCCAACUCCUCCCCUGCACAGGCUGCCCUCUUGGGAGAGCAGAAUCUAUGCUGUGGCAAAAUCUGGAAUUCGUCUAUCAGAGAUGUCAUGCACAGAUGUAGCUAAUAAAGACUCCUCCUACCCAUCAUCAUACCCCGCCCAUAUUCUCUACACAUCCCUCAUCUACAGGAACACCAGUAUGCCUGUCUUCACCACACUCAAAGGGAGGGCCACGUUGUUAAGCAAUAGUCGGUUCUCUGAAGAGUCGUCUAGUUCCGAGGAGGAGGACAGUUCAGAGGAGGGUCAGUCUGGAGAGGAAGACAGCUCUGUGUGCAGCUCUUAUACAUCUGCAUCAGACUCACACAAGAUCAGCAGCCACGGAAGCCCCCGCUCUCUCAAGAGAGCCGUGUCAUUGUCUUCUAUGACAUCUGAGAGUGACUACGCCAUCCCACCUGAUGCUUACUCCACUGAUACUGAGUGCUCUGAACCUGAGAAUAAACUACCAAAGACCUGCUCCUCCAGCACUGACAACGGCAAGAGUGAGUCAAUGGAGAAGUCUGGGUACCUGCUGAAGAUGGUCAAGACUUGGAAGAAAGCAUGGAAGAGGCGCUGGUUCGUUUUGAAGGACGGGGAGCUUUUGUACUACAAGUCACCUAGUGAUGUCAUCCGUAAACCCCAAGGUCAGAUUGAGCUCAAUGCUUGUAGCAGCAUAGCUCGUGGUGAUGGGAAACAAAUGCUUCAGGUGGUGACAGGUAAGAGUGUGUAUAAUCUUAAAGCAGAUUCUCCAAACCUCCUGGAGGAGUGGCUGAGGGUUCUGCAAAGCGUACUGAGAAUCAGAGCUGCUAGUCCGCUCUUUACCAACCCUGACUUAAGGCCCGUCAUGAAAGGACACAUGACAAAGGUGAACCAUGGCUAUUCUAAACAUGUGUGGUGUGCGCUGUUUGGGAAGACGCUAUAUUAUUUCAGAAGUCAAGAGGAUAAGUUUCCUCUGGGUCAAAUCAAAUUAUGGGAAGCUUGUGUGGAGGAAGUUGAUAAGUCAUGUGACUCAGCUGAAGUCUCUGCUCAGUACACACUCUCCAUUCAGCCAGUGAAUCAGGGCCCAACAUACCUGCUCAUCGACUCACCUCAUGAGAAGAUGGCAUGGCUGUAUCAUCUGUGUGUGGCAGCAGGCACUGCAGUGGGGAAGGUGGGCACUGAGUUUGAGCAGCUGGUUGGUAAACUGCUCAGUUUGGAGGGAGAUCCAGGGUCUCAGAUCUGGAGACACUCAACAUUGUGUUACACUAAGGAAGGACUGUCGUCUCCACUCAGCACCCUGCCCUCUCAGGCUCUACAGACUGAAGCCAUAAAGCUCUUUAAGACAUGUCAGCUCUUCAUUAAUGUGGCCACUGACACUCCAGCCAUAGAUUAUCAUGUGACUCUGGCUCAGUGUGCCCUACAAGUGUGUCUCACCCACCCAGAGCUGCAGAAUGAAAUUUACUGUCAGCUUGUAAAACAGACACGCAAGAGACAACCACACGGAAAGCCUGGGCCCCUACAGGGAUGGCAGUUCCUGGCUCUGUGUGUCGGCCUCUUCCUGCCCACACACCCCAUUCUUUGGCUUUUGCAGGUGCAUCUGAAAGGGCACGCAGAUUCAAGGACGGAAGUGGGAAAGUAUGCCAUCUACUGCCAGCGCUCAUUGGAGCGGACGCAGCAGAAAGGGGAUCGGCAAGCUCGUUCAUCACGGAUGGAGAUUCUGUCCAUCUUAUUGAGGAACCCAUAUCAUCACUCUUUGCCUUUCAGCGUGCCCGUGCACUUCCUUAACAACACGUACCAGGUUGUUGGUUUUGAUGCUUCAACCACAGUGGAGGAGUUUCAGAGCCGACUAAACCAGGACACAGGCAUGAGGAAAACUGGUCAGUCUGGUUUCAGCCUUUAUUCUGAUGACCCCACGGGCACAGACCUUGAACACUGUCUGCAGGCAAACCUGAAGAUUUGUGACAUUAUUGCGAAAUGGGAGCAGGCCUCAAAGGAGCAACACACAGGCAAAUCAGAGAAUGCCAGGACGGUCAAACUCACAUAUAAGAACAGGUUAUAUUUUUCCCAGCAGAUGAGGGGAGAGACUGAGAGAGAGCGAUUGCUCUUGGCAUAUCAGACAAAUGAUGAAAUCACAGCAGGUCACUUCCCUGUCAACAAAGAGCUCGCUCUGGAGAUGGCCGCCCUGCUGGCUCAGGUGGAGUUUGGGGACUUUGAGCGUCCAUUCUCUAGUCCAGGUGCUUCAGGAGCUGCACAGACUAAAUCUAAUCAGACCCUGAAACAGGUUCUAGAGCGCUUCUACCCCAAACAUUACAGUCACACCUGCACAGAAGAACACAUGAGGCAGUUAUUACAGAGGCUCUCCACCCGCUGGGCAUCUCUAAGGGGUAGGAGUUCAUCAGAGUGUAUACGAAUCUACCUGACCGUAGCGCGGAAGUGGUCCUUUUUUGGAGCCAAACUGUUUGAGGCUGAGCCUGUAACCUCAUCGCCACAGCAGAACACGCGUGUGUGGCUGGCAGUACAUGAAGAUGGAGUCAGCAUACUGGAGUUCAACUCUGUAAAAGUGCUAGCAUUUCACGCUCAUAAAAACAUUGUGAAAUUUGGGGCUUGUGGACGGAAUUUCGUGCUGGCAGUAGUUCUGGGUUCUGGCACCAAGACGUCCAAAGAUGAGGCCACUGAGAAGCAUCUCUUUGCCAUGGCACCACCUAAGGUUCGAGACUUGGCAUUGCUCAUAGCCAGUUACAUUAACAGCACCCAACAGCAAAAAGCAGCAGCCCACCACCUGUCCGCCCCAGCCCUGCUGCUGGCCCAGUCUGGAGAGCUGACGAGCAAGGAGUCCAGGAGCAAGUCUCCACCAGCUGCCUGCAGACCCAGCAAAGCACCCACCCUCCUGUAAUACAUCUAUUAGUGGAUUGUUUGUGUGCUAGUGGCUGGACUACAGAUAUUGAAGGAUUGUGCUGUGGCUUCCUGUUAGGGCCAAGGGUGACAUGGACAGUUGUUCUUAACACAAAAAUUGGGAGAAUCUCAAAAAAGCCUGUCCAGGUUACAUAUCACCCCAAAAUCAAAUAUCAUAUUUUGCAUAAACAAUUUAAGCUUGAUUUUAAAACCUCUAAAGGAUUGUUCCGGGUUCAGUACAAGUUAAGCUCAUAAUUCGUCAGCAUUUGUGGCAUAAUGUUGAUUAACACAAAAAAAAUAAUUUUGAAUCAUCCUUCGUUUAUUUAAAAAAAAGCAAAAAUCAUGGUAACAGUAAGGUGCUUACAAUGGAAGUGAAUGAGGCCAGUUCAUAAAGUAUUACCAGUUUCAAAAGUACAUUCACAAGACAUAAACAUUAUUUGUUGUAAUAUUAUUUUAGUGUGAUUUAAAAAAAAUAAAAUAAAAAAAAUUGUAUCCUAUAUUACAACUUUGUUGCCACGAUGACGCACCAUCAGGAAACUGUAAGUGGUUUCAUCACUCUGAAAUCAUGUUAACAUGUACAGUAUAUUGUUUACGUAUUAUGAAUAUACUUUUGAAACAGUGUGUAUUUUAGUGUUUAUGAAUUGGCCUCUGCCUUACUGUAACCCAGAUUUAUUUGAUUUUUUUUAAAUAAACAUGGAACGAGUCAAAAUUAUUUUCUGUGGUAAUCAGCAUUAUGCCAAAAAUGCUGUUGAGCUGAGCUUAACUUGUAUUGAACCCGAACAUUGCUUUGAGUUUUUGCACAUUAUUUUUCUGACAACUAAAUCACAAAAUUACUGUAAUACAUUUUUAGAUCAGUAUAAUUUAAAGGCCAAACAAUAAAUGCAACCAUGAUGUAUAAAUACUUUACCAUUUAAAUAAUAUAUCAUUGUUUUUUUUUAUUUUUUUUUUAUUGUAGUGAUAAUGUCAAAAUGCAAAAGCGAUAAUGGUCAUAAAAUAGACUUUGUUUUCUUUAACAAAACAUAGUUUCUUAUUUCUUUUUAUUGGAUUUAUUAUGAUGUUUUUGACAGCUUUUGUGAGAUUCACCCAAAUACACUUUGCCAAGUUAAUAUGGUACGUUAAUAUUUCUAUUUAAAGUUCAAUGUUAUGAGACUGAAAGUUUUGGUUCUCAGGCUCUAUGUAAGAACCUAAGCAAUCUCAUUUCAAAAAAGACACAAAUACAUUUUCUUUUUUUUUUUUUAAUCACCAGUACACUUGUAGCAACGAUCAUAGAAUGAGCAAUACCAUAGUUAUUUAACCUCCCACAAAGAAUUCUCCCCAAACAUUUAUGUUUAAGCAUGUUUAAGCAUGUACAGAGAGAAUGAAAGGAUUGUGAUAUAGGAAGUGCAUUGCAAAGACAGAAUGUGUGGGUUUUUGUGGGGGAAAAAAGCAAGCAUGGAGUCUAGUGAUGGUUUUAAGGUUCUUAUGCGAUGGCUGGGAGAUUUCAAGGGAUAAUAAAUACUGGAUAGGCCAUAUAACAUUCAUAAAUACAUUUAAAUUGGGGUUAUCGAUUUAACAUGUUAAUUCAGUGCAAUUAAGCAUAUGAAAAAUAAUAUGUUAAAAAACGUAUCAUGCCCCUGAACUGUACGUUAAUUCUGUAAUAAGAAUGUUUCUACCAUCAAAGCCAUUUAAGCUUGAUGUACCACCUUGAUGUCGCAGCAGGGGGUAGUCAGCACUACAGCUGUACAUGGUACUCGUCAAACCAACACGAGCAUCAGGCAGCAUACAGUCUUUGACAGACACGCUUUUACGCUUAAAGUCAGAUGGACUGAGCUUACAGAAUGUGUUUUUUAACAUUUCAAACUACAUAUAACUUGGCAUAGCAUUCUAAAAACAGCGCUUACGACUAGAGAUGGUGAAAACUAGUGAAGCACGAUGCAACCAAAGUAAAACAUGAGUACAUAGACCAAUAAAAAUAGCUUAAAGAGAAGUAGGCCAAUAAAAGGGUUAAGUUUAAUGAAAUGGAAAUAAAACAAACAAUAUAUGAAUAUGAUGUAAUGUAUUUGAAUUAUCUGAAUUAUAAUUAUUAUAUAUUCAUAAUGAUUUUUUUAUAUUUUAUAUUUAUAUUAUUAUAUACUAAAUUAUCUUGAUUUGGGGGCUUUUCUCAGUAAAUAUUAAUACAUGCAAUUAAUUUUAUGUAAUUUAUUUGAUUAAAAAUUUUUACACUGA